AUGGCAUCGCAGCUAACGGGCCGCGGCCUCAACUGGCUACAGCCCGGCAGACAAGAGGUCGCUGUGGUGGGCAGCUACGUCGCUGGCCGAGCAGCAGAGCUGCACACUGAUUUCGGGGGUUCCUCACACCUUGACGUGGAGCAUGUCAAGUUUGUGCCAGAGUUCAGGCCUUAUGCACAGCUGGAGCAUGCGCUGAAGGAGUAUGUCGCGCAAACCCUGCGCAACCAGGUCACCACCAUUGACGACGAUCUCUGCCAUCGGAUUGGUGUCAUGGAAAAAGCCUACAGCAAGUUCAAUGGAGGUCUAUGGCACCGUUUGUGGUACGGGAUGGGUGGCGUGAACGUGGAGGACUUGGUAAUCCCCGACGAUUACGGCUUGUCAGUCAUCAAGGCAGGAAUUGCGCUCGUAUUCAAGUCUGCUGCAGAUCUGUACCAAGCAAUCGUCAAAGCCAUUGAGGACUUGGCCCUGGUGCUGUCAAAAAUGGAGCAGUCUCUCAGGACCAAGCUUGCAACUAGGCUGAAGCGUGGCAAUGAGAGCCAACAGCCUCCGCCGACAGUGGAUGCAAUCCUGCAGGCCCUUAGGGAGCACAUCAACGGAUACAACGGUGCAGUCAACCUGGCCCGUGAUCACGCAACAGAAAGAACAGAAGUGUAUAGCCACCUCACCGCCGCCAACACAGCUCUUGUCCAUCAAGACACCAGCUAUCUGAGGAAAUGGGCAGACGAAGAGAAGAAAAGGGCAGACAAAGACGCCACCAUUCAGAGAAAACAACGCCAGAAGGAAGAAAACUUCCGUGCCGACGUUCUCAGAGCCAUGCGCGGGGCUGAGACAGGGCUGAAACUGCUUGCUGAGAAACUGAUGGCUGAGAUGCAAGCAUCAAAUAGAACUCUGCUUUUGGAGUUCAUUAUGGAGUCGAAACAGCGGAAGGCUGAGAUGGCUGAGAUAGUUGCGCUACGACAGCAACUUGAAGCAUCCCACAUCUCGAGACACACCGUCAUCGUGAACCUUACCCAGCUCUGCAGCAUCCUGGCCCAACCCUUGUCUGCACACAGGCAGAUGUCCAUGAAGUCUCAAGGCCAAGUCCAAUUGCUCCUCGAGCAUCCACAGUUUCUCGACUGGCUAUCCUCCUCACACCCAUCCCUCAUGCUGGUCGACGCCAACAUUCGCGAAUCUUCGCUGGAAGGCCUAUCGGCCAUCUCGGUACUCAGCAGCACCCUAGUGACCAGCCUGAUGCAGGCGUACGCAGACACGGCCAUUGUUGUUCACUUCUUCUGCGGCAUGCAUGCUUGGCCCAAGGACGCGUGGUACGGGCCGCCCGGUCUCGUCCGUUCGCUCAUCAUGCAGCUGCUCAUGAAGCUGGACGCCAGAGACCCAAACAUGCAGACCUGGGACCAGGAUUUCAUCGACGACCGCGGAUUGCUGCAGGAUCUGGAGGAACACUCGCUCGUGGGCCUAUGCUUCGUCUUGCACUCGCUGCUAUACCAGUUUCCCGUCGACACCUGCAUUUAUUGCAUUGUCGACUCGAUCUCCUGGUUUGACGUUCGUCCCCUGCACAAUAAUCUCAACACAGUCAUGGAGCGGUUUCGGCCCAUCGUCAAUGACACGAAGCUAGUGCCUGUCAGUACACGGGCGAUCACGAGUAUGCCUCUCUUCACGGAGGAUCUAGCCAGGCUGAUUACCCUCAGUCGGCACAAUCUCGUACCGGGGCAGAUUUCAGAGUUGACCGUAGGGGAUCACCUGCUCAGUGCUCCGGUGCGUCUCGCGCGCAGGACACCGUCUCCGAGUCCGUUCAGGCAUUCCAGGAGAAUGUCACCUGUCGUUUCAGUGAGGAAGAAGACUUCUGAACCUGUCCUUACAAUGAGGGAGGUGUUUCCUGAUCGGACGGGAGGGGGCAACGAUGACUUCCUACUAGAAUGA